AUGAGCGCAGUUGCUGAGAACCAAAACGAUAACGAUCUGCUCACUUUCAAAAGACAGAAAUCCCCAUCUCCAAUGAGCGAAGAAUACGACGACUUGAGAAUCGCAGACUACGAGCCUUUGGUUCCUCCUGCUUUGUUGCAGCAGGAAGUCCCAGGAACUAAGGAAUCUUUCGCUGCUGUCGUCAAGGGCAGAAAAGCCGCUGGCGCUGUGAUCAAGCAGCAAGACGAUAGACUUUUGGUUGUUGUUGGACCAUGCUCUUUGCAUGACCCGGUUGCUGCCAUGGACUACUGCAGACGUCUGAAGAAGCUCUCCGACGAGCUUUCUGACGAUCUUGUUGUGAUCAUGCGUGCCUACCUCGAAAAGCCUCGUACUACCGUUGGCUGGAAGGGUCUGAUCAACGAUCCAGACCUCGACACAACCUUCAACAUCAACAAAGGUUUGAAGAUUUCGAGAAAAUUGUUUGUGGAUCUCACCAACGAAGGUAUGCCUAUUGGUUCCGAGAUGCUCGAUACCAUCUCGCCGCAGUUCCUGAGCGAUUUGCUGUCAUUUGGUGCUAUUGGUGCUCGGACCACCGAGUCUCAGCUCCACAGAGAGCUUGCUUCUGGUCUGUCCUUCCCUAUUGGUUUCAAGAAUGGAACUGACGGUUCUUUGGACGUGGCUAUCGAUGCUAUCCAGGCCGCUUCGUCGCCCCACCACUUCAUGGGUGUUACCAAGCACGGACUCGCUGCCAUCACCACCACCAAGGGUAACGACAACUGUUUCAUCAUCUUGAGAGGAGGUAAGAAAGGAACGAAUUACGACGAGGCCUCUGUUGCUGAGGCCAAGUCCAAGCUUCCUGCCGGAGGCGUUAUGAUGGUCGAUUGCUCGCACGGAAACUCCAACAAGGACUACAGAAACCAGCCAAAGGUCUCGAAGGAGGUGGCCAGACAGGUUGCUAACGGAGAGGACAAGAUCAUCGGUGUCAUGAUCGAGUCUCACAUCAACGAGGGUAAACAGAGCAUCCCAGCAAACAAAGAACAGCUCAAGUACGGUGUUUCUGUGACCGACGGAUGCGUUUCCUGGGAAACCACCGUCCAAAUGCUCACUGAGCUCGCCGAGGCCGUUAGAACUCGUCGUGCACGUAAAUAG